AUGCGUGAGCCGGGCGCUAGGCUGCUCGGCCGGGCGGCGGGGCACUUACCUGGUGCGCCGGACGCGCAGACACAGUACCAGCAGCAGCAGGGCCGCGGCGAGGACCAGGCCCGAGGGACUGAGCGGCCGCGGCAGCCACGGCUCCGGCGAGAAGCUGCCCAUGCCCGCGGCCACGUCUUCCGCCGUCCGGAUCACGCGCGGCCGCGGGGGGCGGCCCGGGGUGUCUCUCCGAGCUGCGCAGCCGACGAGUCUGCAGCCGGCAGAGGGUCCCGGGAGGCUGGCCUGGCGCGACGCCUCCUGGAAUAUCACCGAGGGCCCCCUGGGCCGAGUCUCAAAGUUCCCGGACUCCCCUCCCCCGGCCCACCCCUCCCCGCUCGACCCGUGCGCGCCGCCCCGUUCGGCCACCGCCUCCCGCCCGGCCGCCUCUGGAAAACUGCGCACCGCCCACCCCCGCCCCCGGGGCAGGAAGAAGGGCUAGAGAAGAGGGGGAAAGGGGUUAGGAUUUCCCGAGCUCGAGCUGCUGAAGGCCUGAGGGAAGGGGAUUUCAGUUCUGAGUUGGAAAUGAGUCGUUCGGGUCCGUCAUCCCCUCGCCCGCGCCCCGCGACCGCGCUGGCCCUCGAAGAGGCUUGGGGCUGUGCCCGCUGCGCUCUGGCCCCGGCGCCCUCUUCGGCAGCCCCUCCUCCCCGCCCCCAGCCGGCGGGAUGCCCGCGCGCCUGCGCCCCCCCUUCCACGCCGCGCUUCCCUGCUCGCUCCCGCGCCUGCUGGGCGCCGAGGCCAGUCCCCGAGGCCGGCAAGACCGGGACCAGAGCUGGGCCGGGACCCUCCAGGAGUCCCCGUGGGACACACCAUCCGGGAAGAGAGACGACAGAGGAAACGCGCUAUUGCAAGACGACGCUAAGACUUAAGACCACUUCUGGGCAAAAUUGUGAAGCAGAGGAAGGGAAGAAAACUGAAGAGGAAGGGAGCAAGGAUGGAGAGGACCUGCCAUGGGCCAGUGUGCUGGACAUCGAGGACUCACCUGGAAACAGUUCAGACAAGAGCCCUGCUCUCAUGUUGUUUUCAUCCCAGCGCUGCCAGUAUGACUACAGUAUCCCUCCUCCUAAAUUGUAAA